GUAGUACUGUCCCAUUUCCAAUAUUUGAAGAAAGACGCAAGUUGCUUUGGCCUGUUUGGCCAAGACUUAGACUAGCUAGGGGAAGACUUUUUGUUGUGUUAUAUAAGGAAUCCUGCAUUUGAUUAUGGAGCAUAUUGUGGGCAGAAAACGUGAAUGAACCUUUCAAAGUAAGAAACCACAGAUUUCAAAUGUGCGUUUGAAAAUGACUACAUUCGUUAUAUAUCAUUUCCAUGCCAAUAGGACUUUCAAGUCCACAGAGACUGGGACUCGUAUAACCAUAAACAAGAAACUGAGCAAGGGUAGUAUUGAGGUUUUGUUAGGGGAGGCUACCUAGCAGCAAAUCAAUCUGCAUGCAUAGAGAUGAAGAGGAACAAUGCGAAGCAUUUGUAUGAUUUCUUGGACGGGUCAGGAUUGCAUAGGAAUUUUGCAGGAUCAAGUUGGCAGCCAACGAAGAAGAGCAGCGGGACAUUUACGUCUGUAGCCUUCUUGUUCUUGUUGUUCUUCUUUGUUGCUGGACUGGUAUUUGCCGGCUGGAGUGUUGAUAUUGACUCCUUUAUAUUUUCAAGUGCCUCUUCUAACAAAUCAAUCCCAACACCAACAACAAUACCCAGAACCAUUGAAUUCCCACUCCAAUGUGCCACUGGAAUUAAUGUGACACAAACUUGUCCAAGAACCUACCCUAGCAAACACAACCCUACAAGUCCUAACCUUCCAUCAAAUGUCACAUGCCCAUCAUACUUCCGAUGGAUCCACGAAGAUCUAUGGCCAUGGAGAGAGACGGGAAUCACGAGGGACAUGGUGGAGCGGGCGCACAGGACCGCACAUUUUAGGCUCGUGAUUGUGGACGGCAAGGCCUACCUAGAGAAGUAUAGGCAGUCCAUACAAACUAGGGACAUGUUUACAUUAUGGGGCAUUUUGCAGCUUCUAAGGGUAUACCCUGGUAGAUUGCCUGACUUGGAGAUCAUGUUCGACUGUGAUGAUCGGCCUGUGGUCCGAUCAAAAGACUUUCAGGGACCAAAUGCAGGGCCGCCGCCUGUUUUCCGAUACUGUGCCGAUGAGGGCAGCUUGGACAUUGUGUUCCCAGAUUGGUCUUUUUGGGGCUGGGCUGAGACCAAUAUAAAGCCAUGGAAAAACUUAUUGCCAAGCAUAAAGGAAGGCAAUAAAAGAACGGAGUGGAAGGAUAGGGUGCCCUAUGCUUACUGGAAAGGUAACCCAAAUGUGGCUCCAACCAGGAAAGACCUUCUCAAAUGCAAUGUUUCAGACCAAAAUGACUGGAAUACACUCUUAUACAUACAGAAUUGGGAGAAAGAAUCCAAAGAAGGGUACAAGCAGUCCAGCUUAGAAGAUCAAUGCAAGCACAGGUACAAAAUUUAUGUAGAGGGAUGGGCAUGGUCUGUGAGUGAAAAAUACAUACUGGCAUGUGAUUCUAUGACCUUAUAUGUAAACCCUCGUUAUUACGAUUUCUACAUGAGAGGCAUGCUACCAUUGGAGCACUAUUGGCCCAUUAGGGACAACAGCAAGUGCACUUCUCUCAAAUUUGCUGUGGAAUGGGGAAAUAAUCACACGAAAAAGGCAGAGGCAAUUGGGGAGGCAGCAAGCAACUUCAUACAAGAAGAUCUGAAGAUGGACUAUGUGUAUGACUACAUGUUUCAUGUACUGAAUGAAUAUGCAAAGCUCUUGAAAUUCAAACCGACGAUACCUCCCAACGCAUCGGAACUAUGUUCUGAAACAAUGGCAUGCCCUACAACUGGCACAUGGAAGAAAUUCAUGAAGGAGUCCAUGGUGAUGUCUCCUAGUGAUGAAAUCCCAUGUUCUUUGCCUCCUCCAUAUGAUCCUCAAGCUCUUCGUGAUUUUCUUGUGAGAAAAGCCAACUCAACUAGGCAAGUGGAAGCUUGGGAAAAUGAAUAUUGGCAGAGUUCUAAUAAAAAACAAUAGAGGCCCUUUUGUACAUACAUGUGUUCUCUAGUGCGUUUCCUAUGUGUUCCAUUCCCUUCUUAGAUGAGCAAACUGAAACCUGGAUACUGACAAUGGCAAAAGAUCAUGCCCAUAAUUCUGCUUAUUGAAAUUCCUAGCUAAUGUGGGAUUAGAUGCU